UAAGUGGGUGCCUUAUGAGUAACUGGUAUGUGAGUCCUUAACGAAUAAUGGGUAAUUAGCGGGUAAAAGGUCCUAGGGCAUGUUACGAUGAGGGGAAAAGAGUGUCUGAAACAUUAACUUAUGCAUAUGCUAAACAAGAAAAUAUGCAAGUAAGAGUAGCUAGAAUUUUUAACACUUAUGGUCCUCGGAUGCAUAUGAAUGAUGGUAGAGUAGUGUCUAACUUUAUUUUACAAGCACUUCAGGAUGAUGUCAUAACUGUAUAUGGAUCUGGUGAACAAACUAGAUCUUUUCAGUAUGUAUCAGAUUUAGUAGAGGGCCUUGUUGCGCUUAUGAAUUCUAAUUAUUCACAACCAGUAAACUUGGGUAAUCCAGUGGAGCGUACAAUAAAUGAAUUUGCUACUAUUAUUAAAACACUUGUUGGUGGGCACAAUAACAUUGUUCAUGUGAGUGAAGUAGAAGAUGACCCUCAAAGGCGACGACCAGAUAUAACAAGAGCAAAAAAGUAUUUAAACUGGGAGCCAAAAGUUGAACUUAAUGUUGGACUUCAGAAGACUGUUGAAUAUUUUAGACAAGAAUUAAAACGAUUCCAACACACUCCUAGAAAUAAAUUCAUUAUUGAUAAACAUCCCUGACGAGAAUAUUUUUUUAAUGUUAUAUGGCUGUUACAAUUGUAAAAAUGCACUUAUUGUUAUGUCUAAUUUAAGUCUUAUAAAAUAGAUCAUGUUACGAUUUUU